GAGAGCGGGCUCGGGGUGGAGCGGUUGGCCGGGCUGGGCGCGAAGGGCACCAUGCAGCAGCCGGGACCCGGGAGUAUCAACUGCGAGCCGGGCUGGUACCUGUCCGUCCGCGAGCAGGAAGGGGAGCAGGAGUCCACCCCGUUGCUGCCUCCGGCGCCGCUGGGCGAUGUGUGUGAGGGGGCGGGUCCCGGGGGCAGAGUCGGGUCUGAGCUGGAGCCGGGGAGGACGGAGGUGUCAGGCAUGUAGGUGUGAGGGGAGGAAGGGGAGACUUUUUAUCCCCAGGACAGGUCCCGCCUAGCCAGGCCUCCCCGCUUGCGCUUUGAGGGGCGCCUGGGGAUGGGAGGAUAGAUCAUUCUCCAUGGGCAAUUCAAGCCUUGGCUAGUGGCUUGAUCCUACCACCCGAGAAAGUAGAUUAAGGGCCAGUGGGUUGUUUGUGAAGUGAAACAAUUGUUCACCCGACUGAGAUCACCAAACUCGGUUUUGAUGAUACAUUAGAUGAGAGCCCUGAAUCAUGCAUCUUCAGGUGUUUCCUUUGGUUUCUCAGUAUUUAAUUUAAUGAAUGCAAUCAUGGGAAGUGGAAUACUUGGUUUAUCCUAUGCCAUGGCCAACACAGGGAUCAUUGGAUUUAGUAUCUUGCUGCUGAUUGUUGCCAGCCUUGCUUCUUACUCUGUAUUUCUGCUGCUUAGUAUGUGCAUUCAGACUGCUGUCACUUCUUAUGAAGAUCUUGGUCUCUUUGCAUUUGGAUCAGCUGGGAAGGUUAUUGUGGGAAGUACGAUAAUUAUUCAGAAUAUUGGAGCUAUGUCAUCUUAUCUUUUAAUUGUUAAAUCUGAACUGCCUGGUGCAAUUGCAGGAUUCAUAAGUGGAAAUGACAGCGGGUCAUGGUAUCUUGAUGGCAGAGUGCUGUUACUGAUUACUUCAGUCUGCAUUGUUUUUCCUCUUGCACUUCUUCCAAAAAUUGGCUUUCUUGGCUAUACAAGUAGUUUAUCAUUUUUCUUUAUGGUGUACUUUGCUCUUGUGGUUGUAAUAAAAAAAUGGUCCAUCCCUUGUCCACUGACAUUAAACAGCCCUAUAGAGAUCUUACAGAUUUCAAAUUCUACUGAGGAUUGUAAAGCAAAGCUCUUUCAUUUUUCUAAGGAGAGUGCUUAUGCCAUUCCAACCAUGGCCUUCUCGUUUCUCUGCCAUACCUCAGUAUUGCCCAUUUACUGUGAGCUCCGAAGUCCAUCAAAAAGCAGAAUGCAGAAUGUAACCAACACAGGAAUUGGUCUGAGUUUCCUACUCUAUUUUGUGUCUGCCUUGUUUGGGUACCUUACUUUUUAUGACAAAGUGGACUCUGAAUUACUUCAAGGUUACACCAGGUACCUGCCACAUGAUAUUGUCAUCAUGACUGUAAAACUAGGCAUGUUAUUUGCUGUGAUUUUGACAGUGCCUCUAAUACAUUUCCCUGCAAGGAAGGCUGUAAUGAUGAUAUUUUCAUCUCAUCUUCCUACUUCGUGGAUUUGCCAUAUCCUUGUCACUUUAGCACUCAAUGCAAUCAUUGUUUUGCUUGCAUUGUAUGUGCCCGAUAUUAGAAAUGUAUUUGGAUUAGUUGGUUCUACCACAUCUACGUGUUUGCUCUUUGUGUAUCCUGGACUGUUUUAUCUUAAACUUAGCAGGGAGGACUUUAUAUCACGACAGAAGCUUGGGGCUUGUGCAUUGUUUAUUUUUGGCAUACUUAUUGGUCUCUUAAGUUUAGCCUUAAUCAUUUUCAAUUGGAUUUAUCAAUAAAAUCCCUUCCAUUGCUCUUGAGCUGGACUUGAGAAAGACAAUUCUCAGCAACAUAUUGCAAAUUCUCAACUGAAUGCUGGACAUCUUCAAGAAGAAACCCUUCAAAAGCGGUGUAUGAAACAAGUAACAUUUUGUUUGUUUACUUUCAUGUCCAUUUCUUUGGUUUACUUCAUGCACAAUUAAACUCUUCCAUUCUACAAA